CAACAGGAAGCGUACUGCGUUAGUGUUGAGAAUAAUGUGUGUGUAGUUUGUUAGUUAUGAACGUUUUGGGACAAGUAGUGGCUUAUUGUUUUUAAGCGUUGAAUGUACUUUCAGAUGCUUCGCCGCAGGAAGAGGAAAAGAGGCUCUUGGGAGGCAGAUGGUGUAAAUUUCCCAGAUGAUGUGCCAACAGAAUUUCAAAAAGACAGUACAACAUCUGCAAACACUGCAUCAUCUCUCUGUAGAGCAUGGCAGAGGUGUGGAGAAGGAUUUCAAGGCAGUUCCAAUUCUAAGACAAUUGAGUCUUCUGAGGAAAAGAAGGUAUUAAAGCUGUUUGCACCAUCUUUGCUUACUGUGGAAGCAAGUGGUUCCAGAGAUGAGACAGAUCAAGAAUCAGCAGACAUUCUGUGGAGCUCAAGUGAAAGCAGUAUUUCUGAGGAGGAAGAAAUAACCAAAAUCACAGAACUACCUCAUGAGAGGUAUCACACAACAGAACCUCAGGUUGCCAUUUUCUGCAAAGCACAUCCUCAUAUGUUUAGUGGGAUAAGUGAUGUCCAGAGCAGCAAUGGUGGUUCUGAAGUUAUUGACUGGGAAAAUGCCAGCAGUCCUAAUGGGAGUAGUGGGCCACAAAUGGAAAGUGUUGCAAACCCAUCUGAUGCAAAUUCAUUUGGAACUUCUAGCUCUUCUGAACACAAUGUUGCCUUUCCAGUGUUAGAAUCAUGUCAGAAUGUGGAUGAUAUUUUGGAAUAUUCUUCUGACACAGAAACUUCACAAAGAAAAGAGAGCUGUGCAAAGUUUAAUGAAGCAAGUUCUGCUGCUCAUCAUGAAACAGAGCUUAGACAAAGCAUUGAAAGGCCUGCAAGUGAGUGGCUCAAAUCAGCCCAAGAACUACUUCGGACACCUGAAAAGCGAACUGCUAAGCAAUUUAAGACACCAGAAGAUUCAGCAAAGAAAAGGAAAAAAUUUCUGAGGGGUGGCCUUGCCGAAAGAUUAAAUCGACUGCAGAGCAGGGAAAGGUCUGCUAUCAGUUUUUGGAGGCACCAAUGUGUGUCAGAUUACAGAACGCCAGAAGAUGGAAAAUCAGGAGUAUUAACACUGAAGGUGCUUCAGCUACAAGAGGAAUGCUCUAUGCAGGUUGCCUUCUGUCAGCUGUUAUCCCAGUCAGCUACUAUAGGCAUUUCCGAAGAUUCCUUUUCUGCUUCGGAACUGAAUCUAACGGUGUUUUUUACAAAAGAAACAUCCACACACUUGCAAACUACUCCUGGUGAUGUAAUUCACAUCUAUCCUCCUUGCAGGAACCUUAAUGUUGUUCCUUUUAAUGAAAAAGAAUUAUUUGUGACCAUUGAUUUGGUUAACAUAUUUUCAGUUAUUCCACAAGGUACAGGUUUAGACUAUCUUUUGCAGGUAUGGAUUGACUUUUCCAUAUAUGACACCAAUGAAAUUAAUGUGCUGUGUGACUUAAUUGACAUUGUGUUAAAAAACAACUUUGUUCAUGUUGAGGAUGAGUAUUUCCAACAGAUUUCCCAAGUGGUUGUCAGCACUUCAUGUGCCCCGUAA